AGAGAAAGUUCUUGUGUUAAUAGAAUACAUUGUGUUUCUUGAUAACACGAUAUAUCAGUGAUUAUUUAUAACUUGUAAUACAGUGUUAUAUUUGUAAUUUUAUUUUUAAAAACGGUACCACUUUGAUUACAUAUAAUUUUUAAAAUUUUAUUAAAUAAAAGAAAUACCAUGGAUAAUUCGUCAUCCGUUUUAGUAUUUUAUGUAAAUGGUAAAAAGGUAGUGGAAUUAAAAGCAGAACCACAAUGGACUCUAUUAUACUAUUUAAGAACAAAAUUAAGCUUAACGGGUACUAAAUUAGGUUGCGCUGAAGGUGGAUGUGGAGCAUGUACUGUAAUGAUUUCAAGAUAUGACCGAAUAAAAAACCAACCAAUUCAUAUGGCGGUAAAUGCUUGUUUAUGCCCAGUAGUAAGUAUUCACGGGUGUGCUGUAAUUACCGUCGAGGGUAUAGGUAGUACUAAAAAGAUGUUACAUCCAAUUCAAGAACGAAUAGCGUUGAGUCAUGGAUCACAAUGUGGAUUUUGUACACCUGGAAUAGUAAUGUCUGUUUAUGCUAUGCUAAGGUCUUUAGCUAAAAUACCUAAUGAAAAUGAUUUUGAACACGCAUUACAAGGAAAUUUAUGUAGGUGUACAGGCUAUAGGCCUAUUUUGCAAGGAUUGAGAACAUUAAUGACUGAAAAUAUAAACAAUGGAUACUGUUUAAUGGGUGAACAAUGUUGUAAAAAAGUUAAAAAAAUUGAAGAACAAUCUACUGAUAUGAUUGAUUCAUCAAAAUUUACACCAUAUGACUCAACUCAAGAACCAAUUUUUCCACCAGAACUAAUUAUAGAUAGAAAAUACGAUGAAGAAUAUUUAAUAUUCCGGGGAAAAACGACAAUAUGGUACAGGCCAACAACUCUUUGUCAACUUUUGGAACUUAAAAACGAGUUUCCUAAUAGCAGGAUAAUUGUUGGAAAUACUGAAAUUGGUAUAGAAGUAAAAUUUAAGAAUUGUCAGUAUCCCGUAAUGAUACAGCCAAUUAUGAUUCCUGAGUUAAAUAUUUUUAAUGUCUCAGAAAAUGGAAUUUUGGUAGGAGCAGCUGUAACUAUUCAAAAAUUAGAGAAUCAGUUAAAAUUUUUAGUCAAACACGUUUCGGAUUACAAAAUGCAAAUUGUAAAGUCCUUAUUAGAAAUAAUACCACGGUUUGCUAGCAAACAAAUAAGAAAUGUCGGAUGUGUUGCAGGGAAUAUUAUUACUGGUAGCCCUAUAUCAGAUUUGAAUCCAAUUUUUCUGGCCGCUCGAUGCCAAUUGAGUGUUUGGAGUAAACAUAAUGGACAUAGAUUGUUGACAAUGGAUUGUAAUUUUUUCACUGGAUAUCGAAAAAAUUGUGUCUUAUCUGAUGAAGUUAUAGUAGAUAUAUUUAUACCGUUCACUAAAAAACACACAUUUUUUAAGGCAUUUAAACAGUCAAGAAGAAAAGAAGAUGACAUUGCUAUAGUUAAUGCUGCUUUUUAUGUAGAAAUUGUUGAAAAAACUAUUAAAGAUGUAGAAAUUUCCUUUGGGGGUAUGUCAGCUACUACAAUACUGGCAAAAAAUACCAAAUCCAUUCUAAUAAAUAGAACGUGGUCAGAAAAUAUGUUGGAUGAUGUUUAUUUGAAAUUAAUUGAAGAAAUGCCUCUAGCACUUAAUGCACCAGGAGGAAUGGUAUCAUAUCGUAAAACAUUAGCAUUAAGUUUGUUUUUCAAAUUUUAUCAAUAUGUGACCGAACAUCUAAGAUCUGAAAAUAUAUGUAAAACAAAAAUAUUGCUUGAGACAACUACUCCAAAGUAUGCUCAAUACUUUCAUGUAGAUCCAAAUUCACAUAACAGCGAGGAUCCUGUAGGAAAACCUUUUGUUCAUGCUUCGGCAAAACAGCAAACAACAGGCGAAGCUAUUUACUGUGAUGAUUUACCACAUCUAGCAGAUGAACUUUUUUUAGCGGUGAAAACUUCAAUACGUGCACACGCUAGAAUUACUUUUGUAGAUUACAGUAAAGCUUUAUUAUAUCCCGGUGUUAUUACUAUUGUAGACGAAAAAGAUUUGCCGGGUUUUCGUAAUAUGGUGGGCAUUACACCACUGAAAGAUGAUUUUAUAUUCGCAAGAGAUAAAGUUUUUUAUUAUGGUCAAAUAAUAUGUGCUGUAGUUGCAGUGAAUCAAAUGAUAGCUCAAGAAGCACUGUGUUUAAUUAAUAUAGAAUAUGAGGAUUUAAAACCUAUUUUAACUAUUGAAGAAGCAAUUGAAAAAGAACUUUUCCACAAUGGUAGAUGUUCAUAUUGGGAAAAAGGUAAUAUCGAAGAAGCUUUCAAAAAUUCAAAAUGUUUACUUCAAGGUGUAUUAAGAAUUGGUGGACAAGAGCAUUUUUAUUUAGAAACUCAAUGUUGUAUGAUAAUACCCUUCAAUGAGCAUGAUGAAAUUGAAGUUAUAAGUUCAACACAAUCGCUUAGUGAACUUCAAGGUAUAGUUGCUCAUUGUUUAAAUAUACCAGCUAAUCGGGUGGUUUGCAAAACAAAACGAAUAGGAGGAGGAUUUGGCGGAAAAGAAACUAGAGCUUUUAUUACAACUGUACCUUGUGCUGUAGCAGCCAUUAAAACAAGAAAACCUAUUAGAUGUAUGCUUGAACGUCAUGAAGAUAUGUUGAUCACAGGUGGAAGGCAUCCAUUUCUAUGUAGAUAUAAAGUUGGGUUUAAUCAAGAUGGUAAAAUUAACGUUUUAGAAGUUGUUGUGUAUAACAAUGCUGGAUAUUCAUUAGAUUUAUCAUCAGAGACUAUGGAGAGAUGUGUUGCUCAUAUAGCUAACGUUUACUUUGUUCCGAAUCUUAAAGUAUCUGGAUAUGCUUGUAAAACUAAUUUACCAUCCAACACUGCAUUUAGAGGUUUUGGUGCUCCUCAGGGCAUGUAUUUUGCUGAAGCAAUUGUUGAACGAAUAGCGACUAAACUAAACAUUAAUCCUAAUUCUAUACGAGAGAUCAAUUUCUUUCAAAAUGGCCAAACAACACAUUAUAAUCAAAUAGUUCCGAGUUUUACUGUUAAAGCUUGCUGGGAUGAAGUUACAAGAAAGUCAAAAUAUGCAACAAAAUUUAAUGAAAUAGAAAUGUUUAAUAAAAUUAAUCGGUGGAAGAAACGUGGAAUUUCUGCAAUUCCUACUAUGUAUGGCAUAGCAUAUGCAGGCCAUGGGAAAUUCUUAAAUCAAGCGGGUGUACUAUUGCACAUUUAUUUAGAUGGUUCAGUGUUAUUAACACAUGGUGGUAUAGAAAUGGGCCAAGGACUACAUACUAAAAUGAUACAAAUUGCUAGUAAAGGAUUAAAUAUUUCCCAUAAUUUGAUACAUAUCAAAGAAACUAGUACAGAUAAAAUUGCUAAUAUGUCACCUACUGCUGGCAGUUUUAGCUCUGAUUUAAAUGGAAUGGCAAUCUUAAAUGCAUGUGAAAUUAUUAACAAACGACUUGAACCAUAUAAAAAGAAAAAGCCUAAUGGUACAUGGAAAGAAUGGGUAAAUUCAGCUUACUUCGACAAAGUUUGUCUAUGGGCUCAGGGAUAUUAUGCUAAUCAUGUUGUGGGUACUACUACCGAACAAGGUACAGUCAAUUACUAUAUGUACUUUACUAACGGAGCUGCCGUCUCGGUUGUAGAAAUAGAUUGUUUAACAGGCGAUCAUAAAGUUUUAAGCACAGACAUAGUAAUGGAUGUAGGAAAUAGUCUAAACCCAGCCAUUGAUGUGGGACAAAUUGAAGGAGCUUUUAUGCAAGGAUAUGGUUUAUUUACAAUGGAAGAAUUGGUAUAUAGUCCAAAAGGAAUAUUGUAUACAAUAGGUCCUGGUACUUACAAAAUUCCAGGAUUUGCUGAUAUUCCAAUUGAGUUUACUGUUUCAUUAUUAAAGGGAUCAAGUAAUCCCAGGGCUGUACAUUCCUCAAAAGCUAUUGGAGAACCACCGCUAUUCUUAUCCGCUUCGGUUUUUUUUGCGAUAAAAAAUGCUAUUUAUGCAGCUCGAAAAGACUCUGGUAUAAUAGAAUAUUUUAGACUUGACCCACCAGCUACAGUUGAAAAGAUUCGAAUGGCGUGUCAAGAUCACAUUAUUGAUAAAUUAAAAACAGAGGAAAAUGUGCCAAAAAUUGAUAGUGUAUGGAAUAUAACAAUUUAAAAUCAAUUAAAAUUUAUAAAAAAAAUUGAUAUUUACUAUGUUUUUUUAGAAAUUAGUAAAAAGUUAAUUAAAUACAUUUGAAAGA